CAGCCGCGUGCGUCGCUAUCUAACCAUCUUUGCGUACUUGGGUCUGAUCCUCUCCCCCUAAAAGUCCAAAACCCUAAAAACAAUCUGCUAUUUCGUGCCUUCGCUGUACGGAGUGAUGUGUUUACAACACACAAAUUCACAAAUAUUCGGUCUUGCAAUAUAGUUUUUCAUCUUGUUGAUUAGCUUCGAUAAAGUUCGAAUUGGUGGUGCUCUGCUGAAUUUCCAGUUGGAUUGAUAAUGACUAGCAGAGGAGGAAGGGAGAGGGACAGGUUUCGCAGGGAUUACCCUAUGAGAUCUGAAGAGAAGAGUCAUGGACGGAACAAUCCCCCAUCGAGACACCUCUGGGUUGGAAAUCUUGCUCAACAUAUAACUGAGAAUACUUUGGCUAAUCACUUCUUACAGUUUGGUGAGCUAGAGAGCAUUGCUUUCCAACCUGGUCGUAGCUAUGCAUUCAUUAAUUUUAAAAAUGAGGAUGAGGCCUUUGCUGCUAUAAGGGAACUUCAAGGAUUUGUUUUGGCGGGAAAUCCAAUUAGAAUUGAGUUUACAAAGGCGGUUAGUGUUGUCCACAUUUGUCUAUCUUCCUUACAAUGCCAUGUUGCUGUUAUUUCUUGUAUAUGUAGACUUACCAUCAGAGAUAUAAAAAUCCAUAGCAGCUCCAUAUUUGCACUAUUUGCACAUGCUGAGAAAGAAUAAUUGAAAGAGAAACAUAAUAUAGUCACUAAAUAAUGUCUAAAAGACAAGAUGCUCUUAUUCUUGGAUUAGGCAAUAGAAGAGAACCGAAAUAUUUAGCUCAACAUGGAAAUGGGCCAUAAAAUAUAAGGUCUAGCUACCCUAAUCCAGAAAAUUGUUCCUCUCCAAUCUCCACAUUCCAUUGCAUAGCUGGAGGGUGACAUUCUAUUCUUUGACAAUUCUUAAAUUAAAGGUCCUAUCGACACUUACUAUGAAUGAGCUCAUAUGUUGUGCUUACUUCCAAAUUUGAAGGAAGGGAUUCACUAAGUUACAAACUCUCACUAAGUUACAAACUCUGACGGGUAGGCAUU